GAAAGAUACCGAUUCACUCUGGCAGACGCGAUGGUGGGCGCAGCGCUCUUCGAAGCCAUGGGCUGGCAUGCGAGCGACGGCGUCCCGCCGCUCGAGCAUCUCAAGGACGACGUCGACGACGAUAUGGCGGCGCUGGACGAGGCCGCGGAAGCGGCGAACCAAGGCAACACGCUCUUCUCGUACGCCGUGUUGCUGGGGCUGCUUCUGUACCUUGGUGCAUGCUACGUCGCGUUCGCCUUCCCGCCCGAGGCGGUGCCGUGGGAAGUCGAGUUUGCGAUCCCAUACGACCCGGCAGCGAUGGCUUCCAACUGCUCCGUGGCUUUUACGCGACUGCCAGCCAUCACAUCGUCGCGCGUCCUUGCAUACGAGAUCGCCGCCCUCUCCGACACCACAAUGUCCCACCAAGUGCUGCAAUACACCAUCCACGUCGACGAUGUCCUUGUUCUGACCGACUUGGCCAUCUUGCCACGAAACGAGACCGUGGCCUUUACAACGCACGAGCUAUCGGACCUAUCCUUCGGGCACCAUGUCGCGUCGAUCGAGCUUCUCGUGCCGCUGCCCGGCGGGCACGAAGAGCGCAUUGCGACAACACGCCGCUUCACGCUCGUGCCCGACGGCCACAAGGUCGUCAAGGUUGUCUUGCCGACCCGACAAGCACGCAAAGCGCUGUCCCUGGACGCGCUCGUCGCCGCGUCACGCCCGCGCAUUGUCGCACCCCAAAACGGCACCGUGCUGCGCUUCCACGAGACAAGUGAUCGGAGCGUGCGCGUCCGGUACCGCCGUCCGAGUGACGGCAAUACGACGCUGCUGCUCGAUGGCCGUCCGCAGCCGUUGGUGUUGCUGCCUUCCCCGACCGAGUGGAUGGCGACGACGAUGCUGGCGGACGUCGGGCCCGGCAGGCACGUCGUGACGCUGCUCGUGGACCGUGACGUGGCAGACCACGUGACGUUUACUGUUGCCAGCGAGAAGGUCGACGCACCAAUGUAGCGAAAUGUAUCUACCAAUUCCGACCUUUUGUGUUUUCGCGUCCCGCGAUUUCUCACUUUUGAUGUUUUCAAAGACAAAAAUAGGGGCCUCAAAUCAUGAGAAAUCAAUGUUUCAAGCAUCAA